AUGUACUUUCCUCCUUCUUAUGACAUUGUUACAAUGAACGAACCGAACGAUAUGAACAACGGUUAUGCCAAACAUUAUAAUAAUACCAACGUCUGUCAAUCAUCCUAUCCGGAAAACUUCAAUUUUGAUGACCGCAAUCCUCCAAUUCAAACGCAUGUUAAUUUGCAAGCCCAAUCUCAUACUCAAGAUUUCCUACCUUCUGCCUCCUUUACUCUCCCCUAUAACAAUAUGACGUCUAUUACUAUGGACAGUAUGGACCAUGGGAAUGUUGGAAGUUAUUAUUAUUGCACUCAUAUGGGUAACAUGGACAUGAUGAAUGGGCAUUUGAAUCCACCGCGUCACAACCAAGUCGAAACCAACGCAAGCAGUUCUUGUCCGCUUCCAGGAUCUUUUCAACCAUUCUGCAGCCCCUCCGUCCCUUAUUCCGAUACCAUGAACUGCGGUCCGACAAAUAAUUAUUCUCAACAUUUCGGUAUGAUCAACAAUUCACCUACUUCGUAUAUUUUUACGCACGAUCCCACAGGCACCGGAUAUGUUGUUACGAAAGUAGAGCAUACUCAAUUAGGCAGGAUGUCAGCUGCUGACUUUAACCAAAUGUUGGCUACAACUCGAACGUGA